AUGUAUUGCAUGAUUUUGACUAAAUAUGGUCAUUCAGUGAUGAACAUAAAUGGAACCAAACUGCACGAUUACCCGUCUCCCGAUCAUCCGCCUGCCUUUACUUAUCUCGAUGCAUCUAAUCGCUCAUGCGCCAUCCAAUCGUCUCUUCACUCACCCAUCUGCUCAUCUGCAUUAUUGUGGGCAUCAAAUAGCUGCAUUCAUCCAUUCUGGUGUUCAUUCACACGUUUAUUCCCUCUCAUUCAUCUUUUAAUUCCAUAUUUAUAA